GUGCCGUGACGCGAGCGGUGGAGCGCGGCUCCGCAAGGCUGCGUGUCGUGGGCCGCGUCGCGCCCCGCGGCUCGUGCGGCUCGGUCCGGGCUGUGGCGGGAGCGAAGAUGCCACAGCCCGUGCCCCGGAGCGCCGCCAUCCCGGCCUGCGGGUGUCGCGGAGACUGAAAAAUGGCCUUUGAGCUAUGCUAGGUCUAUAAUGGGAAGCGCCACAGUUCGAUAUUUCUGUUAUGGGUGCCUAUUUACAUCUGCUACCUGGACAGUUCUGCUUUUCAUUUAUUUUAACUUCAGUGAAGUGACUCAGCCUUUUAGGAAUGUGCCCAUCAAGGGGUCUGGGCCCCACGGGCCAUUUCCCCGAAAAUUCUACCCACGUUUCACACGAGGUCCAGGUGGAGUAUUAGAUCCACAGUUCAAAGCAAACAGAAUUGAUGAUUUGAUGAAUAAUCACAUUGAAGACCCGGAUAAAGGCCUCUCAAAAUCUUCCUCUGAACUGGGUAUGAUUUUCAAUGAACGUGAUCAGGAAUUGAGAGACCUGGGCUACCAGAAACACGCCUUUAAUAUGCUUAUCAGUAACCGCUUGGGAUACCACCGAGACGUGCCGGACACCAGGAAUGCAGAGUGUAGAGGGAAGUCCUACCCGACUGACCUGCCAACUGCUAGCAUUGUUAUCUGUUUCUACAAUGAAGCCUUUUCUGCCUUGUUGCGGACUGUGCACAGUGUCGUGGACCGCACACCGGCACACCUUCUUCAUGAGAUCAUCCUUGUGGAUGACAGCAGUGACUUUGAUGAUUUAAAAGGAGAACUAGAUGAGUACAUCCAAAGACACCUGCCUGCAAAAGUCAAGGUCUUAAGAAACACGAAGCGUGAGGGCUUGAUCCGAGGAAGAAUGAUCGGAGCAGCCCAUGCCACAGGAGAAGUCCUGGUGUUCCUGGACAGCCACUGUGAGGUGAAUGUGAUGUGGUUACAGCCCCUGCUGGCCAUCAUCCAUGAGGACCCACACACGGUGGUGUGCCCUGUGAUUGACAUCAUCAGUGCGGACACACUUGCUUACAGCUCAUCCCCAGUGGUUCGGGGAGGCUUCAACUGGGGGCUGCACUUCAAGUGGGAUCUAGUCCCUGUAUCUGAGCUGGGAGGAGCUGAUGGCGCCACGGCCCCAAUAAGGUCACCCACAAUGGCUGGAGGCUUGUUUGCCAUGAACAGACAGUAUUUCAAUGAUCUUGGACAGUACGACAGCGGCAUGGAUAUCUGGGGAGGAGAAAAUCUGGAAAUCUCAUUUCGGAUCUGGAUGUGUGGUGGCAAGCUCUUCAUCAUCCCUUGUUCAAGAGUAGGACACAUUUUCCGUAAAAGGCGACCGUAUGGCUCUCCUGAAGGCCAGGACACCAUGACACAUAACUCCUUGAGACUGGCACAUGUCUGGCUGGAUGAGUACAAGGAGCAGUAUUUUUCCUUAAGACCUGAUUUGAAGACCAAAAGCUUUGGGAAUAUCAGUGAGCGUGUUGAAUUGAGGAAGAAAUUGGGCUGUCAAUCAUUCAAAUGGUAUUUGGAUAAUAUUUACCCCGAGAUGCAGAUACCUGGCCCGAAUGCCAAACCUCAGCAGCCUGUUUUCAUCAACAGAGGACCCAAGCGCCCCAGAGUCCUGCUUCGUGGAAGGCUCUACCACUUGCAGACCAACAAAUGCCUGGUGGCCCAGGGCCGCUCCAGCCAGAAAGGAGGCCUGGUGCUGCUUAAGGCCUGUGACUACGGAGACCCAACUCAGGUCUGGAUUUAUAAUGAAGAACAUGAAUUGAUUUUAAACAACCUCCUUUGCCUUGACAUGUCGGAAACUCGCUCAUCAGAUCCACCCCGACUCAUGAAGUGCCAUGGGUCCGGAGGAUCCCAGCAGUGGACCUUUGGGAAAAACAAUCGGCUGUACCAAGUGUCCGUUGGGCAGUGCCUGAGAGUUGUGGACCUGAUGGAUCAGAAGGGCUACGUUGGCAUGGCGAUCUGCGAUGGCUCCUCCUCUCAGCAGUGGCGCCUAGAAGGUUAAAGGUGGGCCCCGGCUGGAGGCAACAUAACUCACCUGGUUUUAUCAGGGCUGCCAUAAGUCAAGGUGCUUUAUGAAGGAUGUUGCUGACCACAAAAGGCAAGAACCUUGGUGGAGGGUGACCAUCUCAGGAGCUUCACUGGAAUUUGGGUUAUUUCUGAGCUGCUGUUACGGGAUUCAUCCAGGGAAAACAGAAAAUAAUUCUAAAGAGUUGGGUCUACAUAGUAUAAGCCCAGGAAGUAGGCAUUUCUAUUGAUAUUUAUGUUUCUCGUAUUCUCCCUUGGAGAUGGAAUGGUUUCUGUCUAAUCAGGAACUUGUCACAAUUUCCUUUCAUAGAGGACUUCAUAAGAGAUUUUUUUCUAUUUCUAUCAUGUCUAAUGUUCCAAAUAGAUUUUAAAAACUUGGUUGAGUGCAUAUUACUUUGAGCUUCAGAAGAUACCAUGUAUAUUUAAGAGGCAUUUAACUAUUAUAAAUUAUUUUGAUGACUUAAUAGUCUGUCUACAUUAAAUAAAGGAUCUUUUUGAUCAUUUAACUAGGA